GAACCGGGCGGUGCUUAGCUUCAGCAUCCUUAUCCUCCUCAUCAUCACCUCAUCGAGCUGACUGCUGAUGAUGCUGACAUCUUUUUUCUCCAUCUAAAGACGUGCAAUAACCCAUAUGAAGUGCACAUCGCGCCUAUUCGGACAUCCCGCAAUGGACUGUGAGCCCCUUUGUCUAACAGGAGAAUGAAGAAGAGGCGAAACAGGAAGCCUUGGGAACACUGUAAACAUUUCUGUGAAGUUUCCAUGAACGCAUCAGAAGUAACGGUAUAGAAAACUAAAUCAAUGGCCAAGAAAGGGCGUGCAAAGGGCGAGAAGCCCGAAGCCCUCAUAUCUGCCUUGCAGGCAGCCAAUGAGGAUCUCAGGUCCAAGCUGACAGAUAUUCAAAUUGAACUGCACCAGGAAAAAUGCAAGGUGAGCAAGCUUGAGCGCGACAAAGUGCAGGAAGUGAAGCGAGUGCGAGAGCAGGAGCAGCACCGCCACACAGCCAUGCUGACGGAGCAGCGGGCCAAAUGGCACGAAGAAAAACAGAAAGAGCUCCAGGCCCUCCGGGAAAAUCUGACACGACAGCAUGAGCAAGAAUUGGCCCGCCAUGCCAAAAUCAAAGAUCAAGAGAACCAGAGGCUCAAGACAGCACUGAGCGCCAUCCGGGACGGCAGUGGCGAAAAGGUGCGCACAGCGUUGACUCUGGAAGCUAAGGAGGAUGCUCGUCGCUUCUUCGACCAGGAGAGAGUGAAGCUCCUCCAGGAGAUCGCUGAGCUGAAGUCAUCCAAAAAGCAGACUGACGAAGCUCUCAGCAACAUGAUACAGGCAGACAAGAUGAAGGCCGGUGAUCUUCGGGUGGAGCACCAGCAGCACCAGGAACAGAUCUCCAAGAUCAAGUGGGACUGUGAAAGAGACAUCCGGAGACUGGUAGAUGAAAUCAAAGCUAAAGAUCGCACCAUCUUCUCUCUGGAGAAGGAGAUGGAAUCAACGACAGGGUUCCUUCAGAAACUGCAGCUUCAGAAAGAUGCGCUGGAUGAGCAACUCUUCCUGGUCAAGGAGGCCGAGUGUGGUGCGGGAAGCCCAAAAAGAGAGAUUCCGGGUCGGGUGGGAGACGGCGCGGAGCACUGCGGAAGUCCGGAUCUGAGGAGAAAUCAGAGGCGCGUGGCUGAGCUCAAUUCAACAAUUCGCAAACUGGAGGACCGGAACUCAAUUUUGGUCGAUGAAAGGAAUGAACUUCUGAAACGUGUGCGCGAGUCAGAGAAGCAGUGCAAGCCGCUGUUGGAUAAGAACAAGAUUCUGAGUAAGCGCAAUGAUGACCUGAUGUUGACCAUCCAGAAGCUGGAGGAGAAAGCGAGGAAUCUGGGCAAGGAGAACCUUGAGAUGAAGGAGAAAAUCAGCUCCCACCCUCCACUAAAGAAGCCCAAGUCGCUGAAUGACCUGGACCAAGCCCACGAUGACCAGGAAAUAGCUUUUCUCAAACUUCAAGUUCUGGAGCAGCAGAACAUGAUUGACGAGCUCGCCAGAGACAGAGAGAAACUGCUCCGGAAAAAAAGGCAUAAAAGGAGCUCCAGACCAAUUAAGAGGCACAUUGUCGUCGACACAUUCUUCGGUUAUGAUGAAGAGUCAAUGGAUUCUGAAACAUCCUCUGUGGCUUCGUUCCGCAUGGACCGGACACCGGCUACUCCCGAUGAAGACCUGGAUGAGGGUCUGGCGAAUGAGGAAUCUGAACUGAGGUUCCGUCAGCUGACCAGGGAGUAUCAGGCUUUACAGCGAGCAUACGCCCUGUUGCAGGAACAAAAGGGAGGGAUAUUAGAUGCUGAGAUGGAAGCCAAGGCUCAGGAGCAGCUCCAAGCAGACAUACUCAGGUAUAAGGCCAAAAUAGAAGACUUGGAGAGGGAGCUGACCACAAAGGGUCAGGACUCCAAAUGGGUGGAGGAGAAGCAGCUGUUCUUACGAAGAAAUCAUGAACUUUUAGAGAAGGUGGAAAAAGUGGAGACAGAGUGCAGCCGGGCUCUACAGGAGCUCCAAGACUCCAAAGACCAGAAUGAACUAUUAGAAUUCAGGAUCCUUGAACUUGAGGAGCGAGAAAGGAGGUCGCCGCCGUUUAACCACCUGAGGAUGCAUCCUUUCUCUGAGGGAGUCAGUGCACUUCAGAUCUACUGUAUGAAGGAGGGCGUAAAGGAUGUGUGCAUACCAGAUCUGAUCAAACUUUUAGACAUCCUUGGGGACAAUGGGAACCUAAGGAAUGAGGAACAAGUGGCCAUAAUUCAGGCCAGCACCGUUUUGUCAUUAGCAGAAAAGUGGAUUCAGCAAAUUGAGGGAACUGAGGCAGCGCUCCACCAGAAAAUGAUGGACUUGGAGAUAGAGAUGGAGAUGUUCUGUAAACAGAAAGGGUACCUGGAGGAGGAGCUAGACUAUAGAAAACAAGCACUGGACCAGGCUUACAUGCAAAUUCAAGAGUUGGAGGCAACGUUAUACAACGCCCUGCAGCAGGAUAAGGUCAUCAAAUAUGGCGAGCCCUUGGACGAAUUUCAGCGGGAUGAACUGCGGACUGCAGUGGAGAAACUUAGGCGGCAGAUGCUCAGGAAGAGUCGGGAGUAUGACUGUCAAAUCCUGCAGGAAAGGAUGGAACUGCUGCACCAGGCACACCAGAGAAUUCGCGAUCUCGAGGAUAAGACAGAAAUCCAAAGGAGGCAAAUUAAAGACCUUGAGGAGAAGGUGGUGCAUCAGCUCGGAGAUCCUGUUUGUCACUGCGGUUGUGUUCUUUAUUACUCAUCCAAGUGUGGUGAAGCAACAGUGGCUGUUUGUGUGGUGACGGUAUACAAGUCAAUUGGAUGUUGGACAUGGACGCUCACUCUUAUUUAUUUUUAUGUGGGUCUCUCAGGACUGCAAGAACAAUACACACUCAUGAGAACUCACAGACGUGCACAUGCAGUUGCAUGUGGACGCACGUCCACGUAGACAAACACAUGCUUUGACAAAUCCGAAAACCAAAGCCUGGGAAGUAAACGAUGUCCCUGCCAUGCAGGGUAAUUAGUAAUAAUCAUAAUUUUAUCGUGUGUCAGCCAUCACUGUUUACGGGAAAUGAACAGAACAGAAGAACAAUGCCCGCCCACAGCUGAUUGUGUCCUCUUUCAAGCCUAAAAUGAUGGAAAUGUCACACUGCUCCAAAUGAAAGUGCACAGCUACUGGAAGACACUCAGGUUGGGAGACUCAAAUAACAGGGGAGACUUCUAAGUUAUGGGAUUGUCAACAUUCAAAGUUUUCCUCCAAAAGCUAGCGGAUAAAGUAAGAUCUCGACUCUAUUUAUUUAUUUAUUUUUUUUUUAAACCAGCUCGCCACCAUUUCUUUUGGACAACAUGACUGGAAAAGAAGUUGAAUGCGAAUGAUUUCCAUCUCCUUUAGCUCUUUUGCCAUGUAAUUGCCCUUCCUGACCAGACGAGGGCAGACUGCUUUCACAUUAUUACUAGAUGAAAUCUCCCUUUAAAAGUUUAUUGAUCAGGCUUGUAAAUAUUGUCAAACAUUUUUUUUUUCAAAUCCCAUACUCUAACACUUUCAAUUAUUGUAAAUCUUGAUUAGCUACAAACAAAAGAAUAAUCUAGACAAAACUAAUCAUUUUCAUACAAUGACUGCCCUUUAUUUUUGCUAACCACAAGUUGAAACUAACAGCCCCCUGGUCUUUUCUUCCCCUCAACCUUAGACUGAUGCCAAACUGAUACUCCGCAUUGGUGCAUGUUCGCCCCAUAUUGGCCUCACGUUCCAUCCAUGACUUCACGAGGAAUGACCGAGACUAUUUUUGUGCAAACUUUGCUAACAAGCAGUUGCCUUAAAUGCAUUUCCUCCAGUGUUUCACUUGUACAUUCUAGGCCUCUUAUAAUACCAUGUUUGAUUUCCCCUCCCCCAGGUGGUUGAUAUUACGGUGUAAUGUAUAUUUAAAAUCUAUAUAUUUUGUUUUUAACUCACAGAGGAACUUUUUUUUAAACCCGUCUUCCUAUAGAAAUGGAAUCCCCCUCCUACUUUCACAGAAAUGAUUAAAUAAAGUUGACAAAGUCAAACAAGACUUUGCCAUUGAUGGAUGACAUGUUUUAUUGUAUUUUUUAAAAAUUGAAUGUGUUUAAUAAUGUUAGAAGUUAUAACCCUCAUAACAAAUUUAAUCAAAUUAAAUACACAUUGAAUUACAUUAGCGGAUUGGACACUCAAAAUUCUACAUAGGUAUGAUUGUGAGUGUGAAAAGUUGUUUCUCUUUAUUUGCCCGACAAUAGCGUCCGCACGAAUGCUAUUUUUGCUUGUUUUCUGC